AUGACGCUGGAAGAAAAGGAGAUGCCAUCGACCGAGAUCGAUGAAGGGUCAAUUAUCAGCAAGCAGCCAUCUGCCGAAACCGAAAGCACUGCCAACAAAAUCGCCUCCGAGACACGGAAUAGCUGGUUUCCGUCAUUCCGCGCAAUUCUCCCAACGUUUUUAUCUAAGGAACAACCCGGAACGGCAAUUACACGGUUAUUCGAUGAUGUACCUGGAUAUCCAAGAGUUGCAUUGAUUGGGCUGGAUUGGGGAGGAAAGAGCUUAUUGCUGGAAAAAUUCUUAUCGUCCCGGAGCAAAGAUAUCCAUCGCAUCAUGCCUACUAUCGGCACCAUCAUCGAGAUGGUUAGAUCAGAAACAGCGUCUUUCUACACAUAUGAUAUUGGAGGCUGUCGGCCGAAUUCCUACCGGCUCUUUGACCGAGCCAUGUUCAGAGAGGCGGAAGCGGUUGUUUUCGUGGUUGAUGCAAAUGACCGAGAUCGGGCUUUGGAGGCCCGUGAAGAGCUGAUGAUGGAAGGGCUCCUGGAUCCUGAAGGGAUGCGCAAAGAAACGCCGUUGCUGAUUUUAGCAAACAAACAAGAUCUUCCGAACGCAAGAAAUGCCGAGCAAAUAAAAACCUUCUUUGUUGACAGCAUAUCAACAUCCAUAGGUGAUCGUCCUUGUAAUGUAUUUGCAACUACAGCCACUACAGGGGAAGGCAUAGAAGACGCUUUCAGAUGGCUCGCAUCAACCCUAGCUGAGACAACCAAUAAUGAAAAGACGUCAAACCCGGCAGGCCAGGGCCGUUAUGGGACCAAAAGGCCUACGCCAGAGGAAGAAAUCCAGACUAUAUGGGAGACCUGCACUUAUGUGAAGAACAAGCCGAAAGCAGGCACAUGA